GAAAUAAAGAGAAGUUAAAACGUGAAUUUAAUUGAACGAUCUCUGUUAAUUGGUGCGUUUGGCAAUCUAACUAUAAAUCAGCUACGUAAGCCAUGUUUCUGUAAACAAUGUGGCACGCGUGCAGCGUGUGACUGUAAUUGCUGAUAAAAGUAAUUACUUAAUGUUAUCCGUCGUUACGUCCUCUCAGACGCUCAAUUUAGAUGGAGAAACAACGUACACGUACGAGAGGAAUUCUCUGUUCUUUGCUGAAAGAUAGGUUGUCAAAGUUAGUUUCUCCCUUCCCUUUGGAAGAUCAAAGUUUAAUAUAGACGAGACGGCUGAAGCGGAAUUGGAAAAUGGUUGACGUUUUUAGGAAAAAGUUUUUGUCACGUAAAGACAGAUGACAGACGGAAAGAAGAAUCGAAAGACCCCUUUAUUCCCUCUUCCCUACGAUUCGUAUCGAGCCUGAAAUAUUACACCGAAAGUUGCGUUCGACAACGUGUGAGGCGCGAGAUGGAAUCGCCGGAUCGUUGGAGAAUCACGAGAAAGGAAGCGAGCAAUUGCGAAAAUACGCGACCGUCAGAAGCAUCGUGUUUUAUGUUCGAUUAUAACGCACGGUAACGCGAAUACAGGGUAGACGAGUACUGUGGAAAAACACGGAAUGUAGGCGGUUCCCUCAUAUUGUCCGGACAUUGAACGUUCUACUCGAUUCUCCCACACGAAAGCUGAAAACGGUAAAAGAAAAAAAAAAAUAGAAAGAAAGAAAGAACUGCCGAUUGUUAGAGAAAAAGAAAGACAGAAAAAAGAAAUAAAAAGAAAAAAUAACAAAACGAAAGCAGGAUCCAACGAAACAGAUCCCGAAAAGAGAGAACGAAACGAAGAUGUCUGACUCCGUCCACGGUUCCGUGGUUUUUCGACGAAAAGAGGCCGGGACGUAGACGAGACGAAGAAUAAAAGCUACACGCGAUCGUUCUUAAGAAAAACCGCCAAGUUAUUUAGGAUUACCAAGUGUACCCAAAAGCCACGCGAAAAGUUAUAUUUCAUAACUGGUAGCGCGCGCGCAUAACCGUCAGGAGAAAUAAAGGAGGGAGCAUGGGCCAGAUGGAAGGGAGAGAAGAAGGAAAAAUGGGGAGGAGUACAAGCGAGAAAACAGAAGCAGUAAAACUGCGGCGAAUCGUCGCGUAUUCUGGUCUUCGCGACCCCUCGGCAAGCAACAAAAGCCUCCGGAAAUCCCUGCCGGAGCCAGAAGCGCAAGCAAACAGAAGAUUCAUCGAAUUAAACUAGGUGGGGAACGAGAGAGAGAGAGAGAAAGAAAGAAAGAGAAAGGGAGGAAGGGAGAGAGAGGGAGAGAGAGAGAGAGAAGGGUGGUUUAACCACGCGUUUCAGAGAGAUGUACUUCGACGCGAACGUGACACGGCCGGGCAAAAAAUGUCCACUUGGGAGAACGAAGAGGCGGACAGUGUUGGAUGAAAAAAAGAAACGUGCGAAGAGGAGGAGAGAAUUAAACGUGUCUCACGAAAAAAAGAAAACACCAAGCGAGAUAAUAAGAGGAACUGUGAUAUGGAAAAGGAAAAGAAGGCGAGUAAGUCAGAGAGAAACAAGGACGAACGGAUUAAAACGAGAGAGGAAGAGAGAGGAAGAGAGAGAGAGAGAGAGAGAGAGUGAUACGGGGAGAAAGAGAAUAAUAAAGAGGGGCGCGCGAAAGAAGAUGCGGUGGAAGAAAUAGGAAAGAGAAGUAAAGAGCAAAGACGAGAUAGAAACCGUGGCAGAGAGACAGGAGGGAAGAGAAGAAAAAAAGAAACAGGAAGAAAGGGAACAUACGUUUUUCAGAAAACACCGCCCCCCAGAUCUUUUCCGUCCUCCCCUGUGGGCUCUUCCUUUUCCCACGGUCCGUUUUUCCCAAUUCUGGCAGCUCUACGAGAAGAGUUUUGUUGGACAGGAUUCUCCGCGCAUGUGCCACGGGGGUGGUAGCCUCGAGGACGUAACAGAGCGGGCUGGAGACAACGAGAGGAAGUAGGAAAGAAUGCAAGUGGAUGCAAGCCCAAGUGCGAGGAAGAAGGACGAAGAGAAGGGGUGUGCACGCGGGACACGAGGGGGGUAAUACGGGUGAGAGACGACCGUUCACGUCUUUUCGACGUCGACGCAACCCCGUUGGCGCAGAAUAGCUGCUCAGUGCUCGUCGAACGGCGCUGUGUUGCGACGGGACCAUGCCGCCGCGCCCUGCACCACCGAUCAACCGAUCUCAGGCGACAUAGUCCACGAUAGAAAUUGAUGAGCCGCUGUGGUUUCGCGAGCCGACGAAAUUGACUGAUCGAAGGGCCGAUUACCGAAAACAGACGACCAAAAAAUGUGACGCUCGGCGCGCAGACGACGACCGGGGCUCGAACAGAGAAGGCUGGACCAUUAUUGGGAGCGUGACGUUGGAUUGACGGGAGCAGGCUCGACAACAUGAACUCGAGCGGGGAAUCAGGCGGCACGAUGACCGAAGACUACGAGGUGGCCGGCUGUGGACCGCCGGAAGAGGAAACAGGCUCGAACUUGCCAGUGUGGGAAGCCGCGGCCGCCUCUUUGACACUUGGAUUCCUCGUUCUGGCCACGGUGUUGGGUAACGCGUUGGUGAUCCUCAGCGUGUUCACCUACAGGCCGCUGCGAAUCGUGCAGAACUUCUUUAUCGUCUCGCUGGCGGUGGCCGAUCUCGCGGUCGCCAUCUUGGUGAUGCCUUUCAACGUCGCCUAUCUCCUGCUCGGCAAGUGGAUCUUCGGUAUACACCUGUGCAAACUGUGGCUGACCUGCGACGUGCUAUGCUGCACCGCCAGUAUACUGAAUCUGUGCGCGAUCGCGCUCGAUCGUUACUGGGCGAUCACCGACCCCAUCAACUACGCGCAGAAACGAACCCUCAAGAGAGUUUUGGCGACGAUAGCCGGCGUGUGGUUGCUGUCAGGUGCGAUCAGCUCGCCACCAUUGGCCGGCUGGAACGACUGGCCGGAGGAAUUGGAGCCGGGCACGCCGUGCCAGUUGACCAGAAGGCAGGGUUACGUGAUUUACUCGUCGUUAGGCUCGUUCUUUAUUCCUCUGUUGUUGAUGAGCCUGGUGUACCUGGAGAUCUUCCUGGCGACGAGGAGAAGACUGAGGGAACGGGCCAGACAGAGCAGGCUGAACGCUGUCCAGUCGACUAGACAUCGCGAGGUGGACGACGCCGAGGAAUCGGUCAGUUCCGAGACGAACCAUAACGAAAGAUCGACGCCUCGGUCGCACGCGAAACCUUCGUUGAUCGACGACGAGCCGACGGAGGUGACGAUAGGAGGUGGUGGCACCGUGACUACGUCCUCCUCGAGGAGAACAACCAGCGGACGAGCACCGGCAACAACCACCACCGUGUAUCAGUUCAUCGAGGAACGACAGAGGAUCUCGUUGUCGAAGGAGAGACGAGCCGCGAGGACGCUGGGCGUGAUCAUGGGCGUGUUCGUCGUCUGUUGGCUACCGUUCUUUCUCAUGUACGUGAUCGUGCCGUUCUGUCCGGCUUGUUGUCCAUCGGAUCGAAUGGUCUACUUCAUCACGUGGCUCGGUUACGUGAACAGCGCCCUGAACCCGCUCAUAUACACCAUCUUCAAUCUCGACUACCGGCGAGCGUUUAGAAAGUUGCUGCGUAUUCGUUGAAACGCCAGCCGAUCGGUGGUUAGUUGUAUCUCGAAACUGUGGGAAACACACUGUUGCUGUUCGUUACUGUGCCUGCCGUCUCGCGCGGUCAGGCAUCGGUAAUGAAACGGUGAAACUUGGGACUGGUUCGUCGAAGAAGACGACGACAACGACGACGACGACGACGACACAAGGAUGAGAGUUCGGUUGGUUUUCUCGAGGCAUGUUCGAGGCAGACGCGCCACGGAACAGGAUAUAUCGUCGAUAGUCCUCCGGAUGACGAAGCGACGAAGAGAUUCCAUCGAAAAGAUUAACAGUCUCGCGUGGAUGCGUGGAACGCCGGUGCACACUCGUUACUCGGUGGUUCAUAGUUUAACGGACAUUAGAGAUUUCCAGUGAACGAUUUCACCGGGACGAAAGAGAGAGAGAGAGAGAGAGAGAGAGAGAGAGAGAGAGCUGCGAGCUGCGAGUUCGAAUCGCGGCGGCGCGGAUUAAGCGACCAAACGGCGAGUGCGAUAGUCCAAUUUAACGGCGAUAUUCUCGUCGUUCCAUUAAACUUGUUCCAUUAAUCCUGCUAAGUGAGCGAGGAAACAAGACGCGCGAUAAGGAAUCUUAAGGAAAUGAAACUCGCCGAGCUUGGAUUGUUCCGCUGAAUCGUUCGUUCCUUUCGUUGAUCGCCGGUUACUUCGUCCGGUUGGGAGGGGGGGGAGGAGGAGGUUUUCUCGUUGCGAAACUCGUGCCAGAAGGCCAAUUCGACGAAUUCGAUCGGUUCGAUCGCCGGUUCGUCAACACCUACGAACUUCGAUCCGGCGAAUUGAAUGGGAAACGUUUCCAAGAACGCGUCGCGGAGAUCCGAUUCUGGCCGAUCUCGAGUCGAUCUGGCCGUUCCAUUUUCUACAAGGAGCCUCGGCGAAAUAUCGCCCCCCUCGAGAACUGGGAAGAAAUAUCCAAGAUCACUGAUGAAUCGACGGCGUAACAGACGGUGCGAAGCGAGUCUUUCGAGUUUCUUCUUUCGCGCAGCUUCUCAGCUUUCUUUGUUUCCAUUAACCUCCCCUCCUCCUCCUCCCCCCCCCCCUCCCGACGUGAACGAGGUUUGAGAAUCGAGGUGUGAUACGCUCGAAUUCGCACGUAGAGGAACGAAAUGAGGGAGAAAACACGCCGGUGGUGUUCUUAAACCCCGAGCAGAGAGAUAAAAGCAAAAAGUUCACCGCGUUUACGAAUAGGAAUUUUCUACGAAAUCGACCAAGACUCCAGUUAAGACGUUUAGAAGAUAGAAUAUACGUAUAUCCUAUGGUGGUAUUACGCGCACCAAAUGUAACGUCACCUACCAAGAGAGAGAGAGAGAGAGAGAGAGAAAAAUCGUGCACGUGAUCUCCCCUCGCGCGAGGAUCCUCCGCGCGGUCUUUUAAUAGCGAGGAUUUACUCGUGAAACAAUGGAGUCGGUUACCCUCCUCCCGAUAACCGAUGAUCGUUCUCUCAAGUAGCCCUCGUGAAAAAGAACGUUUUGUUUGAACUCGGGUUGGCUCCCCUUUCCCCGGCGAUAUUCAAUCUUUCAUUCUUCAAAGAAUCGGUCCGGGCCGAGUGUCGCCAGAGACGUCGUGAAUUCAUGGCCAGAGAUAGUGGAUCGGAGACAUCUCUCGAAACUCGAUAGUCGAUAGCCGAGUCAAGGUUGACUCUUCUGAGAAAUUACGUCUUGGCCCGAAUUUAGGCAAUUUUUUUUUUUUUUUCUUUUACAAGAUCGUGCAGAGAUACCGGAGGUACACGGUUCGCAACACCGAGUUGAGUUUGCAAAAUCCGGAGAAGGACGAGUCGCGAGUUACGAUCGUGAUUCAGGACGGUGUUAUAAUAACGGACGAGCAGAACGGGUUGGCCUUGGUCGUUUUAACGAGAUCAACGUGGUUGAUCGUCGUCGAUUUUUCUUGGGAGAAGCGCGCCGCGGCCGACGAGCUUCCGAGAGAGAAACUUUCACGGAUGAACAGAUCGAUCCGGGAGGAGGGCAAACGAAGAGUAAAGAGGGCUUCUUUCUUAGCAACGAUAGCGCAAGCGAGAAACAUCGCGUAUCCUUAGAUGUGCGGUUAGACGUUACUCACUCCGUUCAUUACCAGUCGCAGGUUGUGAUCGUGGUUGUGAAUAUCGAUGACAAACGUGAUCCAAGUGCGAGAAGAGGAAGGCAGACUGUUGACAAAGUGAAUAGUCGGAGAGGAAGAGGAGACGUAUUGGGAGAAGAUGUUGGUGUCGCCAUUGGCGAGCGACGUCAGAGUGUUGCGUGCGCUGAAGCGAAGUUACGUGCAUCGAGGGAAGAGUGAGAAAACGCGUGACACGAAUAGAAGAGAAUGUUGCGGCGGUAUUGCAUGCAUGUGUAUGUGUGUGUGCGUGUGUAUGUGUGUGUAAAAAAAAUAUUUAAGUCGCCUCCAGUCUUCUUUCCAUCGGCACGCGCAAUUACAGCGAGCGGAUCAAGAAAAAGAAGAGAGCGGUUGCUGCUCUUCGUGCGUCAACGUUCGUCGAUCCUUCGACUAAAUGGAAACAUAGUUGAGAAAAGAAAAGAAAUCCUCACGCAUUCGAAUAUACAUAUCGGUGAUUGGAAUCGGUCAAUGACGAUUCGUGCUAUAAUAAUAAUAUAACCGUGUUCAAAAAUUAGUUCGUUAAUAGGAAAACAAUAGAAAACAAUGCGCGCCGCUGACGGAACACGCCGUCGGUCAUUGGUGUUCGUAACCGCGUUUGUUUCGUAUCGGCGAAUGAUUGAGGCGCGAGGAAGGGGUUAAAUUAAAACGAGUCGCUGCCGAUUAACGAGGGAAUAGGUGACACGUUUGCCGUCCCCUCGAGUGCCGCGCCAAAUCGAAUAAAUAGACACGAAGGUAAAAACGGGGGAAAAAAAGAAAAACAGAAUGAGGAGGAAAAAAAAGAUAAAGAGGAAAGAAGACGAGAGAGAAAAAUGAAAUAGACAAGGAGAGCACGCGGUUGUCAGAGGAGGACGUAUCGUAGGUAAAACCGUGUGAAAGGAGAUCGCGCGAUAGUCUGGUUAAUUCGAAAAAGAAACUCGACCUCGUCACCAGGGCGCUCUAUAAUAAGGUUGUGAUAAGGUUGUGAGAACACGUUCGUAGCCGUGCUACGGACACUACAAGAUUUUUAAUUAUUAUAGGAUAGACAAAUGAACUAUUACUUUAUUCGUGGCACUGUCCAGACGCGGCGCGAAUUCCUAUCCAAGAGUAAAUCGAACGUUUGAACAGCUCUGAUUCGACGUUCGAGAGGCAAUCUGAGAGCCUGUGUUUCUUUAAUCCUCCUUUAAUCCGUGAAAUUCUCCUCUCUUGCUUCAUUGUGUCUCGUCGAUGUCGAAAUUGCGGCCUUAUUUUCAUUCUUUUCAAACCUUUUCUUUUCCAUAUUUCUCUCUCUCUUUCUCUCUCCCCUUUCGCGCUUUCGUGUUUUCCUUUUUCCCUGUUUCUCCUCUUUUUUCAUUUUUUUGUUUUUUACACGUUUGUUUUUUACGACAGCAAACUCUGUUGAAGUGACAGUGAAUAUUACGAGAGGCUGACUCGAUUUCCAGCGAAGCCGGACUUUACGUUCUCCCAAAGUGCUCGUAAAAUGCACGCUGUAUCGCCCUCUCUCCGCCCCCUUCCCCUCCUUCCAUCCCCGUUAAGCUCGGAAACGACUCGGUUAUCGCAAAUUUUCUCCAUUACAGCUUUCACGUCGAUUGCAUACAUCCGAAACCAGCCAUCCAGCCGAACAGCGGUUUUGCGAGCCAAUGAUCACCGAUUGGAGCGUUGUUCCUUCGCUUUGUCUAAUCAGCUGUUUCGGAGCAGUUGCUCGCUUCUCCUCCAUUGUCUCGACGAGAUUACGCUCGCGACAGUUACGCUUGGCCACGCAAAACUUUUCCAUCAUCUUUUCGUUUACGAGGAAUUUCAUUUUAUUUCUGAUCUCUCUUUCCCGACGGAAUAUUUGACAACUCAGCAACACGUGUUUGAACACGUUUGCGUUAAAAAACGACCAAUCAAUGCGCGAUACCCGCAUGGUAGGAAAGAAAAAAAAACGGAUCGUUGGUUUUUUUUUUCACCAAAGAAGAAUGAAAGAAAUAUGCCAAACGAUGAAUGAGGGAACAAAUAAUAAAGAAAAAAAAGGAGGAAGAUAAAAAAAUGCAAUAUUUCGGACAGCGUUUGUACCCGGAAAAUCGUGUUUCCCGGCUGACUGUUGCGAACGGAACGGGCUUUAUUUUUUUUCACGGAAGGACGCCGUUUUUCACCGGUUGUUUUUUCCGCUGCCUUGAAUCCCCGAAAUACGCGCGUGUCACGAACAAACCUCGCUGAAAUUCGCGCGCAAUUCAUUGGACAAUUAGAAAGUUAUUUUGGAAAAAUACCAAUAUCGAUCGAUUCGCUCGUUCUCGCUCGUGCAAUCUGUUUUUCACUCGAUCGCCCCGUAUCCCGACAGUUUACGACAGCCGCGUCUUUUCCUCGCGCUCGUUCUACUAGAUAGUCCAAUGUGUCGGACGAAUGAUUGACUGCCUCUACUGUCGUCGAGCCAAUCCAACGAGCAAACCGCACGAAAUUCAAAUCACUCGACCUCGUAGCACCGCGUCGUCCCGUUUGUUCUCUCUCCCGCUUAUUUUUCUUGAACGUUUCCCUCGAAUUAUCUCGUCGCGAAACGAGCCAAACGCAAAUCCAAUUUGUCCCCGCUCCACCGGCCCCCGUUGACUAAUUCCAACUUCGUACG